AUGGCGGAGGAUGUCACUAAUACUGUGGCUGGGAAAAUAGUGGACCUGUUGUUUAGUGCGGCUAAACGGGAGACUGAUUACAUCCGAAAUUACACUAAAAAUGUUGACAAGUUGAAGAAUGAAGCUCAAAAGCUCAAGGAUAUGAGGGAUAGGAUUCAACAACGAAUCAAUGCAGCUAAAGAAAAUGGAGAAGCUCUCUUAGCUGGUGUGCAGAACUGGAUGGACAAGGCAGAAAUUGAAAUGUCCAAUGUGGAAGAAUUUCUUGAACAAGAAGCACAUGCUAAAAAGACGUGCUUCAACUUACGACCUUGUGUCAAUUUGAGCACCCUCCACCAUUACAGUAAGAUGGCAAUAAACAAGACCUCUUUUCUUCUGCAGCAUCAAGAAGAUGGCAAAACUCAUGAAUCUUGUGUCUCCAUUCCCACUGCCACCCCAAGAUUGGUAGACCUUUACCAAAGAAAGAAUCUUGAUGAUAUUGAUACCCACAAGUUGGUGUUGAGGGAAACCAUUCAAGCUAUCAAAGAUGAGAGCAUACAAAUGGUUGCAAUUUAUGGAUCAGGGGGUGUAGGGAAAACUACAUUAGCCAAUGAAGUUGCUGCAGAAGUGAAGAAUCUAUUUGCAGACAUUGUGUUUAUAACUGUCUCACAGACUGUAGACGUUGAAAAGAUUAAGAAGAACGUUGAAGUAGCUGCAAAACGGAUGAUGAUUAAUAAGGAGAAGGUUCUAAUCAUUUUAGAUGACAUAUGGGAACCACUGGUCCUCUCUGAUCUAGGCAUACCAUGUGGGAACGACCACAUGAAUUGCAAGAUUUUGUUGACGUCUAGAAGGAUGGAUGUAUGUGAAGGGAUGAACGUUGAUAGGAAUAUCUGUGUAAACGCUUUGAAGAAGGAAGAAGCGUGGGUCCUCUUCAAAAGUAUUGUUGGUGAUGAGAAGUUAGCGAAUAAUUCUAGUCUGGAGAAAACUGCAAAAGAGGUGACUGAAGAAUGUGGUGGAUUGCCCCUCAUCAUUCAAGCUGUGGGAAAUGCUUUAAAAAAUCGACCAAUUCAUAUAUGGAAGGCAGCACUUGACCGACUACGAAAGCAUGUCCCUCUAGAGAUCGCUCCAGAGAUAAGGAAAGCAUUUACUCAUUUGAAGCUGAGCUAUGACUUACUUGAAAGCAAAGAAGCUAAAUCAAUCUUCUUAUUGUGUAGUAUUUUCAGAGAAGAUGGAAUCAUAGAUAUGUUAAGCCUAGCAGAAUAUGGUGUGGGUCUGCAGAUAUUUGAUAAUCUGGAUAGCUUUAAUGAUGCCGUACAAAGAGUCGAAAUGGCAGUUGACACCCUCACAUCCUCUUCCUUGUUAUUGUCCGAGGGAGACAAAGUAGUAAAAAUGCACGACGUUGUUCGUGAUGUGGCUUUCUUAAUAACUUCCUCUUCUGAAGGUGAAAAGAAGGAGAAGUUUUUAGUGGAGGCUGGAAAAGGUUUGACAGAAUGGCAACCAAGAAACGGAAUCUCAGACAGCUACACCAAGAUCUCACUCAUGAGUAAUAGCAUUGAAAAGCUUCCAGAUCAUCAGCUUCAUUUCCCACUCCUUGAUACUUUCCUUAUACAACGCAAUGGUCUUUCCAUUAUUCCUGAUGAUUUCUUUCGAGGCAUGAAAGAAGUUACAGUUUUAGAUAUGUCUUGGAAUAAGAUUAUAUCCCUCCCACAAUCAGUGAAACUGCUCACAAAACUCAUCACACUAGAUCUAAGUUGGAAUGUAUCUCUUAAUGAAAUUUCUAUACUGGGGCAAUUAAAAGACCUUGAGAUUCUAAAGGUUAGAGGGACUGGAAUUAAAGUGAUUCCUGAAGAGAUCGGUCAACUGACCAACUUAAGGCUGUUGAAUGCUGGUGAUUGUCGCUAUUUAUCUGAUGUAACACCAGGUGUCAUAUCAAAGCUCACUUGGUUGGAAGAGUUGUAUAUUGGAACCGUUGAAAAGAACGCGGUGUCUCGCCUUGGUCUUAUGGAAAUAAGUAACUUGAAAUCGUUUAGAGUUCUGUAUUUAUUUAUGGGUUCAUAUGAUUGUGAUCAUUUUCCUGAAGGUACAUACUUCGAAACGUUGCAAGAAUUCUGUUUUCAUUUUAGUGACAACAGAAUUAUGGACAAGAACCGAUUAAAAUUAUAUUUAAAUCGUCGACUACGCAUUGCAUAUUCUAACUUCCCAUUCAAGAUGCCAAUCAAGAAACUGUUUCAGGUAAGUGAUGGUAUACUACUAAGGGAGAUAAAAGAUUUGGAUAACAUCAUACCAGACCUUUAUGGAGAUAGUAUUGAUGAGUUAAAGUCUAUUGAGUUGGAUAGAUGUUACAAUGUUUCUUGCUUGGUAAAGACAACGGAUGAGAAUGCAACACAAACUUUUGUUGCUUCCAAUGACCUGAUGCUUGGUCAAAGGAAAACAACAAAGGAAAAGUACUUCUCCCAAGUGGAACAAAUCUGUCUGCAUAAACUAAAGAACCUGAAGCUUCUUUUUGGUUGUUCGUUACAAUAUAUAAGCUUGCGUAAUCUACAACUCAUUGAAAUUACAGAUUGUGAUUCCUUGUUGACGGUAUUCCCGUUAAGUGUAGCACAAGGGCUUUCCAAUCUGAGAUGUAUAUCGAUUGUGAGGUGUUGCAGUUUGAUGGUAGUGAUUUCUGGUGGAGAUGAGCAAACAGCUGAAAAUGACAUUGUGUUCCCUAGACUUACCCAUAUUGAGCUUGGGUUUUUGCCACAACUAAAGAGCUUCUACUCUGGGGAUUCUACAGUCAAAUAUCCUUCUUUGGAGUUUAUCCAGGUGAGAAAUUGUGGUAGCAUGAAGAGAUGGGGUUCCGGAGUCCAUGACAUGCCCAACGUCAAAUUUGGUGAUGAUCAACAGAUCCUUAAUUUGUUCCAUAAAAAUUGA